AUGGGUGCUGAUAUUGAAAAUUCUUCUAUUAAUCCUCAUCAAGAAGAUUAUAACUCAAAUUCUUCAAAUGAGUUAUAUGAAUUUCAAAAUUACAAUUCCAUCCCAGUUUUAGAAAAUCAUCAAGAGAAUACAAAUGUGGUAGAUUGGGCUAAACAUCAUUUCCACUCACCUGGCUCAAAAUCAGUACAAUAUCUUAGAUCUUUAUUUCCAAUACAUAGAUGGAUCUAUCAUUAUAAUCCUGCUUGGGCUUAUGCUGAUAUAGUGGCUGGUGUUACUGUUGGUGUUGUUAUGGUCCCUCAAAGUAUGUCUUAUGCUCAAAUUGCUGGUCUUGAACCUCAAUAUGGUUUAUACUCUGCAUUUGUUGGUGUUUUCAUUUAUUGUUUUUUCGCUACCUCAAAGGAUGUUUCAAUUGGUCCUGUUGCUGUUAUGUCAUUAGAAGUUGCAAAGGUUAUUACUAGAGUCCAAGAAAGAGAUCCUUCUUUACCUGCGCCUGUUAUCGCAACUGUAUUAUCAUUGAUUUGUGGUUGUAUUGCUUUAGGUUUGGGUUUAUUAAGAUUAGGGUUCAUUUUAGAAUUUAUCUCUAUGCCUUCCGUGUUAGGUUUCAUGACUGGUUCAGCUUUAAAUAUCAUUUCUGGUCAAGUUCCUGCUUUAAUGGGUUACAACAAAAAAGUUAACACAAGAGCUGCUACUUAUAAAGUUAUUAUUGAAACUUUAAAGCAUUUACCAGAUACUAAAUUAGAUGCUGUAUUUGGGUUAAUUCCAUUGUUUUUACUUUAUUCUUGGAAAUACAUUUGUAAUGUUGGCCCAAAAAGAUGGCCAAAGGCAAGAUUAUGGUUUUUUUACACCCAAGCUUUAAGAAACGGUGUUAUCAUUGUUGUUUUCACUUUGAUUUCUUGGGGUUUAAUUAGACAUGAUAAAAAAUCUAAGAAAAUAUCAGUCUUAGGUUCUGUUCCUUCUGGUCUUAGAGAUGUUGGUCUUAUGGAAUUUCCAACAGGUGUUAUGUCUUCAUUGGCACCUGAAUUACCAGCUGCUACUAUUGUUUUAUUAUUAGAACAUAUUUCAAUCUCAAAAUCUUUUGGUCGUAUCAAUGAUUAUAAAAUUGUCCCAGAUCAAGAAUUAGUUGCUAUUGGUGUUACAAAUUUAAUUGGUACUUUUUUCAAUGCUUAUCCUGCUACAGGUUCUUUUUCAAGAUCUGCAUUGAAAGCUAAAUGUAAUGUGAAAACUCCAUUGGCUGGUAUUUUCACUGGUGCUUGUGUUCUUUUAGCUCUUUAUUGUUUAACUGAUGCAUUUUAUUACAUUCCAAAGGCAACUUUAUCUGCUGUUAUCAUCCACGCUGUUAGUGAUUUAAUUGCAAACUAUCAAACAACUUUGAAUUUCUGGAAAAUUGCUCCAAUUGAUGCAGGUAUUUUUAUCAUUGCAGUUAUUAUCACUGUUUUUGCCACUAUUGAAAUUGGUAUCUAUUUUGCUAUUGCAGCUUCAUGUGCUGUUUUAUUAUUCAAUGUUGCAUUCCCAACAGGUGAAUUUUUAGGAAGAGUCAAAGUUGCACAAGCUUUGAAUCCUGAAGUUAAAUCAUUAGAUGAAUAUUCAAAUGAUUCAAAUGUUGAAUCUGAUCAAUAUGAAAACUUGAGCUCAGAAAACAAAAAGGAAUAUAUUAAAAGCAAAACUAUCAGUUCCAAUUCUAAAAAUGAUCAAGAUGGUGGUCAACGUGGUAGAUUCAAUUAUGUUACAAGAUGGAUUCCAUUAUCCAAAAGAAAUUUAAAUCAAGAUAUCAAUGUUUUACCUCCACCACCUGGUGUUUUAGUUUUCAGACCUACUGAAUCUUGGACAUAUUUAAAUUGUUCACAUUUGUUUGAUAAAAUUUUCGAUGAAAUUAAAACUAGAACAAGAAGAGGCAAAAUCAAUUUAUCAUUAAAAGAUAUUGAUAGACCAUGGAAUGACCCAGGUCCAUGGAGACCAUUUUGGAAAAAGGCUGACCCAUCAAUUUUAUCAAACUUACCUCAAGAUGAAAGACCAGUCUUGAAAGUUUUCGUUUUUGAUUUUUCAACAGUUUCACAAAUUGAUGCAUCUGGUGUUCAAGCUCUUAUCGAUUUAAGAAAAGCUGUUAAUAAGUAUGCUGACCGUGAAGUUGAGUUCCAUUUCACUGGUAUUUUAAGUCCUUGGAUUAGAAGAGCUUUAAUUGGGGGUGGAUUUGGCGUUGAACAAAACGAUGCUAGAUCAAAUAACAAUCAUGUCGAUAUUGUUCAAGAUGAGGAAGCUGUGUUUGGAUAUAAUGCUGCUGUUAGUACCAGUACACCAUUUUUCCAUUUAGAUAUACCUUCAUUGGAUCAUUAUCAGGAUAAUGAUAUAUAG